AUGGGCGGCCAGGUGAGCGCUGCCAGCAGCUUCCCGAGCCUGCGCUGUGGGAACGCCAACGCGGACUGGAUGACCGGGCUGUGCCCCCAGCUGUGGGACGUGCCCCUCCACUACCUCUCCUUCCCAGGUGGGAUGCUUUCUGUGGUGCUGCGCAUGUGGCCCUCCAGCUACGAGGGGGCCGAGCUUCUUCUCAGCAGAGCCUGCCUUUGUGCCUGGGCCUCUCCUGCUGUCUGCGACCCAUUCAUGAGGCACCACAGCUCACAGGCUCAGCUGGGGGACAUUCUGUUCUCUGGAUCUGCCCAGCACCCCCACUGUGGGAAGGGCCAGUGCACACCUCAAGGAAGAAAGGUCCUGUCAAGUACCCUGAACAGUGAGGCCCUGGGGUCCUCAAUGCUCUGUAAACAAGGAAGCGGGCUCUUCGCUCACCUCCUGGCCAACCUCAGGCCCAUCAAGGAGCUCCAGCACCAGGUGUGGCCAGGGUGGUCUGUGGCUCAGCUCAGGACUUGGGGUUUCCCUAGACCUGCAGAAUCAGAUCUCCCCUUCAGCAAGAUGUGCUGCUCAUCAGACCUCCCCCGAUGGCUGAGCCUCCUGUGGCAGGUUCUGGAAGGUGCCCAGCACGGCUUCCCCAUGCUGCCCUCGGUUGUCCCCGCUGCCCGCAGGGCCAGCCGAGACAAGCUCACGGAGAUCUCGGAGUGGCUGGAGAAGCACCCCCGGGAGGUGGUCCCCCUAGCCUGCAGGAACUUUCAGGGCCUGAGCACGGACCUGCACGAGUACCUGGUCACUUGCAUCCAGAACAUCUUUGGGGACAUGCUGUGCCCACGGGGGGAGGUGCCGACGCUGCGCCUGCUGUGGGCACGGAGCCAGCAGGUGAUCAUCUUCUACAAGGACGAGGACACCGUGAGCCGGCACAGGGAGCUGUCACCGGGGGUCUGCUACUGGUGGGGCAACAAAGUGAAGGUGCAGGAGCUGAUCCGCUACCUGGAGGGCAUGAAGAGCUGCGGCCGCCCAGGCGGGUUGUUUGUGGCUGGCAUUAACCUUACGGAGAACCUGGAAUACAUCCUGGUGCAUCCGUGUGAGUCCCUGCAGAAGAUGACGGUGCCCGAAGUGCCGUACCUGAGCACCUGGGUCCGAGCGCAGUGCCCAGGGCCGGGCUCACGGUGCACCAACGUCAUCGCGGGUGACUUCAUCGGCGCGGACAGUUUCGUCAGUGACGUCAUCAGACUCAACGAGAAGCUGCUUUGGUGCUGA